CUCCCAUGAAGCAUUGCACUGCCAACGUAUGCAAACAGGAACAUGGCUACCGGUGUUUGACUUCAGCAGUGAAUUCCUGUCAUACGCUAAAAUACACAGACACAGCCUGUCACGACAUAACAUUUGCUGUGUCUCUGAGACUGAAGAAAAGCCCCGGUAGAGUUUAACAGCGGAACCGGAGGACCGACUGACAAAUUGCGCCUUCGUUGUUCACCAGUCAGUAACAGUGUGGUAAGACAUGGCCAGUCCAAGGACUAGAAGAGUUUUGAAGGAAGUGAGAACCCAGGAUGAAAAUAAUCUUUGCUUUGAGUGUGGGGCUUUCAAUCCUCAAUGGGUUAGUGUGUCCUAUGGGAUCUGGAUUUGUCUUGAGUGCUCUGGCAAACACAGGGGGCUAGGAGUACAUCUCAGUUUUGUACGUUCUGUCACCAUGGACAAGUGGAAAGAUGUUGAGCUUGAAAAGAUGAAAGCAGGAGGAAAUGGAAAAUUUCGUCUGUUUCUUGAACUCCAGGACGAUUAUGAUCCCAACUGGACCUUACAAGAGAAAUAUAACAGCAAAGCUGCUGCACUCUUCAGAGACAAGGUUGCUACUUUAGCAGAGGGAAAGGAGUGGUCUAUGGAGACAUCCCCUGCUAGAAACUGGACUUCUCCACAACCUAAAACGAGCCUUUCAUCCUCUCAUCGCCCCAGUGGACCUGGGCAGAGCUCUGCGAAAUCUAGCGACAAAGCGUUUGAGGACUGGUUGAGCGAUGACGUUAACUCCUAUCAGAGCGGGGGUGGUUACAGUGGGAAUCAAGAGAACCGAUAUGUGGGCUUUGGCAACACAGUGACCCCAGAAAAGAAAGAGGAAGAUUUUUUGAACAAUGCCAUGUCUUCCAUUUAUUCAGGUUGGAGCAGUUUUACUGUUGGAGCAAGCAAAUUUGCCUCUAUUGCUAAAGAUAAUACAACUAAACUGGCAAACCAAGCCACUUUAAAGGCCACAGAAUUAGGACAGACAAUAAAUGAGAAUGUUAUCAAACCUACCCAAGAAAAGGUGAAAGAUGGCAAAUUGCUAGAUGAAAUGGCAGUCAGCUUCACUGGGCUGGCAAACAAGGUUCAGGGAGCUGGUGCCAAAUUGACUAACAUCUUCUCUGGAAAACCAGAAGAUGGUUCUGCUGGAGAAAGCUACCAGAACAUGGAUAGCACUGAGGGAUAUCAAGGCAGUUCUAGCCAGCCUGUUGCAAAAGACUUCUGGGAAACCUUUGGCAGCAACACCUCCUUAAAAGCCAAGAAAUCUCCCAGCAGUGACAGCUGGACCAUCGCAGAUAAUUCUGCUAAGAAGAGCUCUGACAGUUGGGACAAUUGGGGCUCCGAAGCAGCAUCCAACAACAAACACAGCACAGAGGAGAGCUGGGAGGCCUGGGACAACAACUGGGAGAAUGCAGAUGGUAAGGGGAAGAAGAGUCCCACGAAGCCUGCUGAAGAAUCCUGGGACAACGCAGACUGGUAGUCACCUCGCAAAUGUACAACUCCUCACCCGGUGUGGUUUAUUUCUUUCUCUCUCCCUCUCUCUCAUCAUCUCACUGGCACUUUCAGGGAAAGAGCUGCGUCAGCUUAGAUCCUGUCAACUGAAACAAAUGAUAUUUAUAGUAACGCCCCAAGAAACAAUGAUGGAAUGAAGCCUAGGGUUAGUUAAGUAUUGAAUUAACCUGAAAAAGUCAUGACUGCAUCGAGUUGUUUUUUACUGUAAAUUAACUUAAUUUCAGGGAGUAAAUAUAAAUAUGUGCAGACGUGGUCAGAUCUUACUGCCUGAGCCCCCUGAUAUAUAUAAUGUAUUGUUAAUGGUGAAUGAGUCCAUCCUCAUUCUGUAUCAUGGGUUUACUGAUACUGGUAUUCAUUCUACCACAUAAAAAUGAUGCAUGGCCUCCAAAAUCUGACAUUGUAAAUAUGAAUAUGAGAGAAUCAUUGUAAAUACGGUAUGGAUGACUAAACACUAAUCACAUCCUUUUUCUGUGUUCAAUCAAAUUGACUUGGCCUGACCCAAGACCUUUACCACAUUGAUCUGUUAAACUGACCUUAAAAAGCAUUUGUAGCAGAUUAAAGUGCAGAAUUACAGUAACAGAUAAGAGAUUGACUAUCAUUACUCAAAAUCUUUGCUAUAUUUAUUUUACAUGAAAUAAUUGGAGUAACACGUUACAAUUGGUUACUUUAACAUUAAUUAUUAUUAUUUUUAUUAAAAAUGCAAAUGGUCGAAGGGUUUAAAAAUCAACAGGGAAGUGCUAAACAAUGUUAUGUUACGAAGCUUAAACACCAAUAAUACUGGAUGCUUAACUAUAACAUGCCCUAAACACAAAAAUUGUUUGUAUAACCCCUGUGAUAUGAGACCAUAGGGUUAAAGCCUGAACCGCACUGGUGUCAUGCACAGAAGCUGACUUUAAACUUUGUUAAAAUGACUUUAAUUCAGUCAGCCAACUGAUAAUGAAUGGUACAUUUACCUCCAUUCUUUGGUUUCAUCUUUAUUCACUCAUGGUAACAAUAACAGCUAAAGAUCAGUUUCUUACUUUUAAACAUUCAUCAGGUUUUUGUCAGCAACAUCAAAAUCAUAUCCAAAUUUUUUAUAUGCAACUUCUGUAACCAUAUUACUUUGAGACAAUAUUUUGUAAGUUGUGACGUAUUUUUUUUUAUUUUACAUGAAACUCCGAAUCAUUUAAUUAGAAUGAAUGGCUCUCAUUGGAUUUUAAUUUACUGAUGGAGAGAAGGGAAAUUAAUUAGUAUGUAUUACUAUUCCUUUUUUUUUUUUUAGAUUUGACGCAGGGAGAUGCUGUCUGACUUUACAUAAAGUGCAGGCCAACUUUUAGAAUGCAUACUGACACUUAACUCAUGUAAAAUAGUGUCAGGAUGAGUUUGUCUGUAAAUCCAGCUGAUGCCUAGAAACAGUGAGAAAUGGCUCAUAUUAUAAGAUGGUGGUGUGUCAGAUUUUGGUAUGUCAGUGGUUUGUAAGAACUAAAGACUGGAUUUUUAUCAACAUGGUGUUGUAAAAUUUACAUAAUGUGUCAAACCAUGUUCUUCAACUGUUUCAGUUUUCACUGCACUGUAUUUAAUUAUCAUUUAGUGGCACAGAUGUCUUGGUUGAGAAUGAACAUCUAAACUGUGUAGUAAUAAUAAAGAGACUCUUAGGCUGGAUGAUCAUUACUCUCAGAUGCUGGGUUGUUCAUCACAGAUGCUAGUCUUUAACGGAGAACAUAAUGUUUAAAUACAUAGAAAUGCAAAUUUUAGCAAGUUAUUCAUAUUUUUACAAAAGCAUCAGUGCUGCAUCUUUUCUUUGUGGCCUUAAAUUCCCUCUGAAAUCAAGUGUGGUAACUUAUCCGUACUGUAAACAACUGCCAAGUUUAGUUUAUUUUUAUAUGUAGUAAUACAUGAAUCCUUCAUUAAUGAUACUAACAAUUUAUUAAAGUAAAUAUAUGAAGUGGCUCUAGCAGAGUCAGGGUUUGACUUUGGUAAAGUUUUACAAUUCAAGCUUAAAUUUAGGAUUAACAUCAGAAAUAUUACCAUGCUAGGUAAACAUCUAAUUCCUCAAUUAGAUAGUGGCCAGAAGUUGGUUAUCACCUGCUUUCAGAGCAGCUGCCAGUGCAAUACAUUUGCUGGAUUGUUUGUUAAAAUGUUAACAUUAUACUGUACCACGGUUGAUGCCUCUCAAGGGGCCUUUCAUUUUGUUGAAAUUGUCAUCACAGAUUAAAAGUAGUUAAAGAUAUUGUUUAUAGAUGAUCCUGGGGACUUCAUUCCAUUCCCAUUUCCUACCUCUAAGACAUGUUCAGUUUACCGUAUCCUGAAGAUUACCUAGUAUUGAACAGUUUUGUUUAAUCACUCAUUGUUUUGAUGUAGAAGUUGAUACUGUAGGCUUGAUUUUUCUGUAGCUCAUUUUUCUUUAAGAGAAGGUGAAGUAAAACAACAAAAAUGGAUCUCCAUUGUUGGUGUAUUUUCAGAGACAACAGUGUUGUAUAAAACGAUCACUCCUGGAGCAUUUGUGUGGCUGAAUCACUACAGUCAUGUUCAUGUACAAAAUAUGGUCAUGUGUUAAAAGCCUUAAUGAGCUGUGUUUGCGUUCUGUUCAUACUGAUGUCAAUUUGCUUGUGUGUCUCUAAUGCAGUGAGGUGUACAUGUCAGAAAAUGAUCAUAAUGUCAAAGACAUGUUGUUACCCUAAAGCUUGUUGAAGCUUUAUUGUGACGGCUGUGUUUCUCUUGUUAAAUUUCUUAGUGGCAUGACAGUUAAAUGCCAGGAAAUGACUGAGCGACUUUCUGAUAUCACAGUUUCAAAGGGAAAUAUGUGAACAGUCACUGAACACCAUGGCUUUCCCAUUGGUAAAUGUCUGGUUGGGUUACUGGUACAUUUGAUUCAUGGAUACUUUGCAGAAUGUGUUUUUAAAAUGAAUGCAUCUAAGAGGUCUUGAUAGAAGGCGAUGAUGUUAAUUUUUCCCACAUAAUUGAACGUUUGAAAUUGGGGUUGUCAGUGUUUGUAAAACUAUAAUGUCAUAAAUACUAUUUUUGAUGUCAUGCAUGAGAUGUAAUGUGGAGCUAAAUACAUUCAGCAGUUCUUAAUUUACUGUGAAUUUAUGUCCAGUUGUCUGCUUGCCCCUUCAAUUUUCACCAGCAGACACCCCUGAGGUGUGCCAGUGUUACAUUCUCAGUUGAGGCUGUGGAUAUUUCUCGUGUACACAUGGUUUCUGUGUAAAAUAAAAAUGUAUUGUGUCGUGAAUGUAA